GUUUGUCGAACUCAGCAAGCUCCCAAGACAUGUGCAAACGUAUCGAGAACAUUCAACCGUCAGAAACCGAGUGGAUUCUUCGUUACGGAGGUACUUAAUUUUUGACGCAUUUAACUUUUGAUUAUCGUGAAAUAAUCAUUUUCCUUGAGGACAGAUAAUAUUUAUAUAAUAUCAUGACGGAUGAAACUAUUGAAGAGUUAGGACCAUCCGAUCUGGGUACUUUGGAUUUUUGGGAAAAGGUGUACACCGAAGAACUCGAUAAUUUCAAGGAUCACGGAGACGUAGGUGAAAUAUGGUUCGGUAAUAGGGCUUCACUGAAUAUUGUCAAAUGGAUCAGCACAAAAUUAAAUCUCGAUAUGGAAAACGAUAGAAUAAUAGAUAUAGGCUGUGGAAAUGGUAUGAUGUUAGUAGAACUUGCUAAGAAAGGUUUUAAAUUAUUAACCGGAAUAGAUUAUUCUCAGAAAGCUAUUGAUUUAGCUAAUGAAGUAUUGAAAGAAAAUAAUGUGUCUUGUUCGAAUUUACAAGUAUGCGAUAUUCUCGAUAUCGAUAAACAUGGAUUGUUAAUGAAUUACUUCAAAGUGGUGCACGACAAAGGUACUUACGAUGCGAUCAGUCUUCAUCCUGAACAGCCAGCUGAUAAACGAAGAAAAUAUAUUGAUAAUGUGUAUAAUAUCCUUCAAUCAAAUGGAUAUUUAAUUUUAACUUCGUGCAAUUGGACCAAAGAUGAAUUAUUAAUUCAUUUCAAGAAUAAGUAUGAUUUUAUUCAUGAACUUCCCGUCGAUUCAUUUCAAUUUGGUGGCAAACAUGGCAAUAUUGUUACGCAAUUGGUAUUUAAAAAAAAAAUAAACAAUCUCUAAUUGAUACAACGAAUCCAAUUACAUAUUAUAAUUUCAUUAAAUAAAUUAGAACUAAUUGUUAGCAUAAAAAAUCAUGUCUUAUUUUUUCUACUAAUUAUUAUUUUAUUCUUAUACCAUGAAUCAUAAUUAGAUUUAAACAAACGAAAGAUAAUAGGAUUAUGAUAGAAAUUAAUAAGGAUUUCAAAAUUUAUUCGUGCAUGAGAAAUCGAAGUAAGUACAUAAUCGAAGAGGAGAGAGAGAGAGAGAGUGUGAGUGUCAUAAAUUUGUUAAAUCAUUAUCAAAUUACAAACUUUACAAAAGGCACUAAUACUAAAGUAAAUAUUGCGAUCAUCGAUACUACAUAUCUUCUUUUAAUAUAUGCAUUAGCUUAAAUAAUUAACGAUAUUCCUCUAGUGCAAUAUCUUUGGUACAUUAAGGCAUCAUUGGCAUAUGCAGACUUCACGCCUACUACUAAUUUUAAGUAAAGAACAAGAUAGAAAAUACACAUUGUACUAUUAUUCAAUGUAGAUAUACUCCAGAGAUUAAAAUAUCGACAAUCGAGAAUAAUUGUUCUAUAAAUUCUAUUAAAGAAUUUCAAACGUAUUAAUUUAUUAUUCAAGCCUAAUCAUGUCAUAGUAA